CGCGGCGCUCACUCCUCCGCCUCCGGGCCUCGAUCCGGACGCCGCGCCUCAGAGCAUGGGGCUGCCCCGCAGAGCUGGGGACGCGGCGCAGCUGCGCAAGAGCCUGAAGCCGCUGUUGGAGAAGCGCCGGCGCGCGCGCAUCAACCAGAGCCUGAGCCAGCUCCAGGGGCUCCUCCUGCCACUGCUGGGCCGGGAGAACUCCCGCUCCUCGAAGCUGGAGAAGGCGGACAUCCUGGAACUGACCGUGCGCUUCCUGCGGGAGCUGCCAGCCUCCGCCUGCCCUGCAGCAGCUCCGGCUCCCUCUGACAGCUACCGGGAGGGUUACCGCGCCUGCCUGGCCCGCCUGGCCCGUGUGCUGCCCGCGUGCUGCGUCCUGGAGCCUGCCGUGAGCGCACGUCUGUUGGAGCACUUGCGCCGGAGGGCAGCCGGCGCCACCCCGGACGAUGGGCGCCCUGGGAACCACGGGGGUCCGCCCUCGCCCGCCCCACCGCCCGCGCCUGCCCCCGCGCCCUCGGCGCCCGCGCCUCCCCGCGGCCCCGGUCUCUGGAGGCCGUGGUAGCCUCCUGCCCGAUCCACAGACCGUGCGGACUGCGAAGGACCUGAACGAGCUCUUGACCGCGGUGGCCGCUGAGCCCACCACGAGGGACCAGCGCAGCACCCACACCCAGGCCGGGACCCGGAUGUUUGUGACAGGUCUCUGCUCAAGGAAUGGCUGGUAGCCACCCUUUCUCACCCCAGCUGGGGAGCGUCUGGGCUGCAGGGGAAGGAAGGAGCCCUCAGCCCAGAGGUGGUCCUGGCGCUGCGCCAGCCACAAGCUGCAGGAGCAGCCAGCUCACCUGCCCCUGCCCCGGCACUGGCACCAGACCAGGCUUGGGCCAGGUGCGGCCAUUUGCUCUGACGGUCAUUGCCCUCCCAGCCCUUCUUGUACCUGCCCAACAAGCUCAGGAACCUCUGGCAACACAGCAGCAAUGGCCUGGGGGCUGUGGUCACACCUAAGGCUGUGCUCAGGACACCAGAGCAGGACAAGGGGACAGUGCAGGGCUGGGGAGCUGUCAGCUCCGUUCCUAGGACCUCCCACUCAAAGCCUCUGACAAUAGGGGCAGUGCUGGGAGUGGGGGCUGGGUUAGGAAGCAUUCACUUAGCAACUUUGCACCACGCCCCAGGCUGGGUGGUCUUGGCAGGUGAGCAUGGGAUGACAGUGGGGCUGCCCGGUGGUCCCAAGGAAGCUUGUGCCCUGGCGGGCCUGAGCCCAGCGCAGAGACAGUGCUGGUGCGAGGUGCCCAGGCCCUACCCCUACAACUGCAGGGACUGAAGUGUGGCAGCAGGUUAAGGAACAGGGAACACCCACUGCUCAUCUGAGCUGGUCACCGGGAGCGACCUGUUCCUGGGACUUCUCUUUGCUUUCCACACAAGCCAGGAGGGCUUUAGGGGUCUCUCGGGGAGGGGCCUGAAGGUCCCAGUUAUGGGCGUCCGAGAAAAGGCGGGAGCACGAGUGGCCCAUGGCUAGUCAUAGUCCUGUCUGGAGAGAAUUCCCUGGGCGGGUGGGAAGUCUUCCCCUGGUUCCCAGGGCACUAGAGUGGGAAGACGGGACGGAUGGAGGGAGUGGACAGUCACCACGUCGGACUUGGGCACACAAACCCGUGGUGACCUGGGUACUGGUUCGGGAAGCUGAAUGUCAAGGCCACAGCGUGAGGCCUGCAGCCAGACUGCAAGGUCCUGCAGGGCAGGGCUUGGGCUGGGCGCACCUGUACGCCCAGGUGGCCCCUGGAAGCUCGAUUAGCAUGGUGAACUAGUGACAGGUGAUGUGACUGAACCCUGGACACCUGGCCUUUGCCUUCGCUCCCUUUCCCCAGACCCCUGGGUCACGAGGCCCCCUGCUUCCUGCAAGGGCACUUUGUCACUUUUGCCUGCUCUGAGAACACGCCCGGCUGGCUGGCUGGCACUGCUUUCCUGAGCUGCUGGGAGCAGGUAGAGAAGGAGAGUGGGAAGCCGCAGCCGAAGCCCAUCCGGGAGCUCAGGUUCCUCUUGGAUUGGGCUGUGCCUAUGGCACUCACGGGACAGGCGCCGGGCCCUACACAAGCAGACUCUCACCGCAGGGUUCACCUGCAGGAACUGGCCCGGCCGCCUGCAGCCAUGCCCGCCACUCCCGCGGCUGUGCCUUGUGUCGACCCGGCUCCCAGCAAGGAGGGGCGUGCAGCUGGGCCAGUGACUCACUGGAUCAGGUGCUCUGGGCUGGGUGGCACACAGGAGCUGGGGCGUGCCCGGGCAGGUGAGGUUUCACGGAGUUUCUCCGUGGAGAUGGCCACGGCCCGGGAGGGCUCACCCAGUGCUCCAUGCUGGACUGUGAAUUAAGGGCACCACCUCCUGGCAGCCCUGCAGGAGUUCCACGCCCCAUCUGAUGGCUGCAGGUGAACACAGCCAGUGUGUCGGGGGGGGGGGGGCAGGGGCUGCUUCUGUCAGAGGGUCAUUUUAGGACCCUUCACAAGGAGGACCCACAUCUGGUCCAGUGGCCACAUCUUGGGGUGCUUGUCCUAAGGUGAUGCUGUGACCCAGUCUUGCUCCCCACUGGGGAAAAGCCCCCCCAUGGCUCUCGUAAAACCACGAGGCCAGUGACCCGAGGACAGCCAGGGCUCAGGCUCUCUGGGAACCUCCUCUGUGCUGGGACGUGGCUCUCCUGGGACACAAGAGCUUGGGACAGGCCCCGGCCUGGGCCCUGGCAGCAGGCAGUUAGGAGAGAUCGGAUCUUGUUGCCAUGAGAGUAAGAAUAAAGAGUGGGUUGUUGAGGCUGGCGCUGUGGCAUGGCGGGUAAAGGGGCCGCACAUAGGCACCCGUUAGAGUCCCGGCUGCUCCACUUGCGACCCAGCUCCCUGCUGAUGCACCUGGGAAGGCAGCGGAAGAUGGCCCAAGUGCUUGGGCACCUGCACUCUCGUGGGAGACCUGGAUGAAGCUCCUGGCUUUGGCCUGGCCAUUGUGGCCGCCCUUCAGAGAGCUGCCCGGGCGUGCCAUGUGGGGGUGACGGCAGUCACCCACUGAAGUGUUCAUGAUGAAAGACUUCCGUCUCUCUCUGCCUCUGCCUCUCUCUCUCUGUAACCCUGAGUUUCAAAUAAAUAAAUAAAUAAAUCUUUUUUUAA